AUGGGCCGUCUUCACUCCAAGGGAAAGGGUAUCUCCUCCAGCGCCAUCCCCUACUCGCGCGCUCCUCCCGCAUGGCUCAAGACCACUCCCGAGCAGGUCGUUGACCAGAUCUGCAAGCUCGCCCGUAAGGGUGCCACCCCUUCGCAGAUUGGUGUCGUCCUCCGUGACUCCCACGGUGUUGCCCAGGUCAAGGUUGUCACUGGUAACAAGAUUCUCAGAAUCCUCAAGUCCAACGGCCUUGCCCCUGAGAUCCCCGAGGACCUCUACAUGCUCAUCAAGAAGGCUGUUGCCGUCCGCAAGCACCUCGAGCGCAACCGCAAGGACAAGGACUCCAAGUUCCGCCUGAUUCUCAUCGAGUCCCGUAUCCACCGUCUUGCCCGUUACUACAAGACCGUCGGUGUCCUUCCCCCCACCUGGAAGUACGAGUCCUCGACCGCCUCCACCCUCGUCGCAUAA